AUGGUUAGGACUAGAGGAUUAGGUCGUGCCUUAGGUCAUGUUACUGGCAGAGGUGUGGGCCGAGGAGAUCGUGAUGAUUCCAAUGAUGCUCCGCAGUGUCGAAGGCCUACCACAUCUGCACGGAGGCAGCGAGUCCCUGUGACUGUGGCGCACGAUGAGCCAGUGGUCCUUGUGCCAGAUGUAGAGGCUCACGUAUUUCCAGAUGACCCGAUGGCACCAGCUGAUGUAGAGGACACUGGGGCAGACAUUCCUGCAGACAUAGGCGUGCUGGCUAUUGAGGAUGAGCAUGAGGGAUUUCUGAGUGGUCCGAGCGACCCAUCCAUGCUGACCCAGUAUGCGGAUCACGUUGCUUGCAGCGUAUGGAUGGUAGAGGAGCGUCCUAAGUUGAAGUUAUCCUCUCACGGGAGGAAGGUCCAUAGUUUAGGCAGGCAUGUCCCUGCCAUUGAGGGACUAGUUGUUGGGACAGGACUAAGUCCUCUGAUUGCGUGUUUGUCCUUACACGUGGAUGAUGCGGUUCAGAUGCUGGUGGACUUAUUGAUGGUCUCUGCAGAGGCUGCUAGGGCUGAGACAGGGCAGUGUUGUGGACCGUACAGUGCAACCAAUGUGCAUGUUGUGUAUUUGGAGGCCCUUCGUGACCUCAGUCAGACCGGGAGGUACACCUGGGGAGUGGCUACUCUGGUGCAUAUGUACGACCAGCUCAACGAUGCCAGCCGACAGCUUGGUGGUUACAUCACACUACUGCAGUCGUGGAGUCCACUACUGAUCAAGACUACGGUGAGGAUUCCCCGCAUGCGUGUAGAUGGAUUGCGACGAAGAAGACUUCUCCUGCGCUGGGGGCCUGUUGCUGUUUAUUACCGACCAGAGAGGGUCGUGGGACAGUUUAGAUUCACCCAAACCAUUCUUGCUUCGCCUGUCGAUUCAUGGGUGUCGUAUGAUGAUAUACACGACAGGUGGAUGCACUACUUGGAUCAUAUGGUUCUAGCAAGUAAGGUAUGCGUUGUGCCAGGUCAGUGUGCUAGUGACUACACGAACUGA